GCAUUUUACGGAGUACUGUCAUUACGGAGUGCUACAGUAUAUAUUGCAAUUAAAAUGGAUAAUGAAUUUUUAAACGAUUCAGAUUCAGAUGAUGGAUUUGAAGAUGAAAAUGUGGAAAAUGAUAUUCGGUGGCGUUUGCCAAAAAGAUAUAUUCGUGACUGGGAAAAUCCUAUUGAGUUUUACGAAGAUGGGCCUUUCAAAAAACGCUAUAGAUUCAGUAAAAAAGCUGUAAUUGAUAUUCUGUUACCACUAGUAAACGAACAGCUACAGCGAAAUGAUAACCGCGGGCUGCCGAUUUCUCCAAUAAUGCAACUUUUAAUAACUUUGCGAUUUUAUGCAACAAGUAGCUUUCAAAUUGUUAACGGAGAUAUUAGAGGAGUCAGUCAAGCAUCGGUAUCACGUAUUGUUGCACGAGUAUCAACAAUUUUAGCAUCUCAUUUAAAACAGUACAUAAACUUUUUAACACAACAGCGGCAAAGGCAAAAUACUAAUAGAUUUUAUGAGGUAGCGAAUUUUCCACGUAUAAUAGGAUGUAUCGAUUGCACUCAUAUACGUAUUGCCAAUCCUGGAGGAAAUAAUGGGGAAAUAUUUCGGAAUCGAAAAGGAUGGUUUUCGUUGAAUGUGCAAGUUGUAUGUGGGCCUCAAAGAGAAAUUUUAGAUAUUGUUGUGAGACAUCCUGGUUCAGCUCACGAUGCUGUAAUUUUUGAUCGAAGUAGUGUUCGAUGUCGUUUCGAAUUGGGAUAUCUCGACGGAAUUUUACUUGGAGAUAGUGGAUACGCAUGUCGAAAAUAUUUACUGACUCCUGUAUUGAGGCCUGAUAACAAUGCAGAAAUUAGGUAUAACAAUGCACAUAAGAAGACCAGAGUUAUCAUCGAACAACUAUUCGGAAGCGCCGCUUUCCAUGCUUAUAUUAUGGUUUAA